AUGAAGUCGUCCCUGGCUCCUGGUAUACGGCUUAUUACGACCUUUUCUCGAGAUGCUUGGUAAGUUUUCUUGACUGUUCAUUCCCCCCCAUUGUUUAGCCGGUAACAGCACGCUCACCACAGCCCAGACAACAGCUGCUCGAACGUGUGUGUUCACCUAUCUCCCUGCUGUAAAUGAUUGGCUUAACCAAAUCAAUGAGCACAUUCUGUGAAUUCACAGUGAGGCCAGUUGACUCGGGUUCAUUAUGUUAUAACCUAAUUUCCCAAAUCUGCCCUAUCAGCUUCAAACUAUUUACCAACGAUCGGAAUCACUUGUUAGACUGGUUUCCUGCACAUUUGGGUGGUGUAGGAAGUACCCAGCGCCACUCUUAACCCCUCUUAGUCACUUUUGGACACAUAUUUGACCUUUAUUGAUUCUUCAGUCCACUAAUCCAGCAUUUAAGGAAUUUGCCAACAUAGGAGAAACUUGACUGUAAUACAUAUCAUACCCUGAUCUCAAUUUACUCGCUGUUAAGGGGUUUAAAGGAUCAAUCAAAACAGCUUUUGCAGAAAAUAAUCCAACAUUUGAGGAGCUUGCCAACCAUAAGACUCAACUGUAACAAUACAGUAUAGUUUAAUCUUAUUACACAGGUUACUUAAAGGUUUAGGAGAAAAUUUUAAGGAUUACUUUCAGCUCUUUUCUGGUGAUCUGGCAAGUUUGGGAACUUGUUCAAAUUGGGGAAAGGUACAAUUUGUCGAAGAAUUACAGGCUCUGAAUGCUGAACAAAAGCUUUUAAAGGUUUUGUAUUUUUCUUCUAGGACUCUAUUUGCUAAUAACAGUAACAUUGUAAAGAAAUUGAUGUAAAAUUUGGUCAUUUAUCAAAAAUAAUAGUAUUUACUUCACUGAAUCUCUCACAUCAGAGAGCUAUCCAUAGCUAUAUCAUUGUUUGUCAUAUCACUUUUGUACUUGAGCGAAGAGUUAGCAUAGGAAAACUACUCCAGACAGUAAUCAAUAAAGUUUUGGUCAGCAGCAAAUUCCCACAACAUAGAUCUGCUUGGACUGUUUAAUGUUUAUCUAUAAUAUCAAAUUAUCAAUUAUCUAUAUGUUUAUUACACUUUUGCACUGGUAGUAUGUCUAUCUGCACCAUAUUAAUAGGCUUAAGCUUCCAAGAAAAUAUUUGCCCCUGAAUGAUGUUGGUGUGAAGUAAGAAGCAUUUCCAGGAGUUCCAGCUCCACCGCAAAUGCUGAAAAGCUUCAGAGGAAUGAAUGGAUUGUGUUAAUUGAAACAGAGUCUUGCAGGACCCUGCUAUCUUUGUAGUGUAUGUGAUAGAAAAACAUAAUGAAGAGCUAAACAAGGUCAGAGUUUAACAUCAGGCUUCAGUGUGCAGCAGACACUGUUGGUACACCUGCACUGUCUAAUCUUAGUGAAAACAGCAGCCCUGCAAUAAAUUCUGACCAUGGGGUUCAAAAUGAUAUGUUGUUUGCUAUCAGUGUCAGAUAAGUGGAGAAGCAGUACCAAAAGUUCAAGUCUUCAACUAAUAGUACUGAUGUAUUACCAUUAUCAUGUUAUUAAAGUAGAAGAUGUGAAAUAGGUCACUAUUUUUGUUCCUGAUAUUCUUUCAUUUCGUGUUUACAACCUUAUAACUCGUUUAUUCUCUUAUUUGCAGGUACAGAAGUUUCAUUCUCUUUCUCACUUUCCUCUUCUACACCGCUUACCAUCUGUCACGGAAACCUAUCAGCAUUGUUAAGGUAGGUAGAACGGUUAAAUUAUUUUAUUCCUGCAGAUAUUUUUUUGAGGGAAAAAGAAACAGGUUGUUUUACUAUUAAGAUGCAUGUUAGAUUUUAGCAAGUAGGACAAAAAGUAUAAAGUAUGCUUGGUACUAUGGCUCUGUAAGCAGCAGAGACAUGUUACUAGUAAUGAAAGUGGGGUUGUGUUAUUGUGAAAAAUGAAAGGCACCUUAAUAUAAGUGUGACAUAUCUGUCUUCACUCACAGGUGUCUGCAAUCUUUUGUAUGCUAAUUCUAGCAUACAAACCUCAACUGACACUUCUACAAGUUUCAGAUGCUGAUAUGCUUUAAGUUGACCUAGCUGUGUAAUUUGCCUCCCCCUGUUUUUCUGCUUGAUACAGAGUCAGCUGCACAGAAACUGCUCAAAUGUCAUCCGGCCAGCAGACCUCAACACGACCGACAAUGAUACCUGGUGUGACUGGGCACCCUUUGGUGCGUAGUUAAAUUGUUGUGAAGCACGUUGUUAUGGUGUUAUUAGAGGCAUGUCAGGGGUUUUGCAUACUGUACUUAAAAAAUGGGAAACAACAAAGAUGCUCAUAAGUCAAAGAAAGAAAAUAAAAGUCCAGCAUUUAAUCCAGUUUCUGUUUUAUCUGUUUUCCCUCCAGACCAGGACAACUAUCAGACACUGUUUGGGGUCCUGGAUAACUCCUUCCUGGUGGCCUAUGCUGUUGGCAUGUUUAUCAGGUGUGUUUUUGUGUGUGUUCAUGGCAGACCUCAUCAUGUGCUCGUCCUUAUGUCUUCACUACAUUUGCUUAACUUAUUAUCGUAUUUGCAGUGGGAUCUUUGGAGAGCGCCUGCCUCUGCGGUACUACCUUAGCGCUGGGAUGCUGUUGAGUGGAUUGUUUACGUGUCUGUUGGGACUCGGGUUCUACUUGAAUAUUCAUUCAUUGGGGUACUACGCCUUCAUCCAGGUACAAACAUCCCUGUCACACACUUUCUUGUGAGAGAGACAUUUGCACUUACACCUUUCUUUGUAUUGUCACCACCAGGAGCUUUAGUGCACAUGUGAAAAACAAGGGGCCAAAUUUAACGGCCACAUCACUGGAAAACUAUAAUCGUCACACUUGGCUUGUUUUUUUUUUUUUAAAGAAAUGUUUGAUUUCACAAAACUGUUUCUGUUUUGGUCUUUUUUACCAUCUUAGAGAAUAUUAAAUAUUUCCAAAAUGUCAUGCUGUUCUUUCAACAAUGUAAGCAGAGUUGUCAUUCAGCUCUAUAGUUUAUCAGACUUUUACAUCCUUUAUUUUUUGUGUCCUUUCCCUUUACAUUUGAAAUUAAAUUGUUGUUUACCCAACCUUUUUAAAGAAUUAGAAUCAAUGUAAACAACCUCUGAAAGAUCCCAUUAGACAAAUAUACUGUUUACAACAAAAUCACAUUCUGGGGUGAAAGAAGGAAGCACAGAGAUCAGGAUGGACAUUUACUGCUGACACAUGAUGCUCAGUCAGCGAUACCAAGAAACAAACUAGUCAGUUUGUGGAAAAAUUAUCCACUCUCACUGCCUCAAAUACAGCAACACUUGGACAUGUUGGUUUCACUCUAGUUAGUUCUGGACUUGUAGUAUUAACACCCCUAAGCUGAAAAAGUAGCCACUCUGCUGCUGUGGCUUUCAGAUUACAAUCAGUUCCAGGCUGUUUCCCUGCUAUCAACAAUUGUUUUGUCAAAACAAUCACAUACAAACAUAAAUCAAAAAAAUGGCUUGAAAACCAACCCGCAUCUACACCAACCUUGACUAAUAAUAAAAAUAUAAAAUUAAAACUAACAAAUAAACAACAAAAAAAACUAACAAAUAAAAACCAGCAUUUGGACAGGUACGUCUUCAGAAAGGAUUAGAGAAGGCUAUGAUCAUGAAUCAUGAAUUUAGUACAGUACUUUAGCCCUAAAAUGUCAGCUGAGCUUCAUAUUGUCACGUGAUCUGUACUCAUGACAUGAUCCUUGUGGGUUGAAAAAUUCCCCACCAUGACACAAAGUAUUGUAAAGAAGCAUCUGCAUGUAUGUGUGGAGUAAAAACUGAUUUAUUGUGCUGAUUAACCCUUUAAAUCUAUUCCAGGUGAGAUCACUGUGAGCUCUCUGGGUCAGUACGGUCCCUGUGUAUUUCCUCUAACUUUAAACUAUAGAGAUCUCAUGGUGGCUUACUCAGGCUUUCCUUACACACAUCACAUGACUCACAGCUGCAUCUUAUGACUACAGGAGUGUGUCUGGGCUGAUUGAAGUUUGGUGCAGGAAUGUUAAGAAUCACUUCUCACUGGUCUCCUUUUAUUCUUUAUCGUCAGUAGAUGUUUACAGUCAUGCACAAGCAUUAAUAGGCUUUCACUCAGUUCUUUAACACAUGCUGGUUUCUCCGUCUCUUCUUCUUCAUCCUGUAGGUCAUGAACGGGCUCAUGCAGACGACCGGCUGGCCUGCAGUGGUGGCUUGUGUCGGCAACUGGUUUGGAAAGGGGAAGUGAGUACUGUGCGAUGUGCAUUGAGUUCCUGCUGACUCUGCACUCCUAGAUGUCUUUUUUUGUGGCUCGCUGACUCUCACACACACACGCACAUUUGUCACAUUUUAUCAACACAGAAACACCAAGCUCUGAUUUUCCCCAGACCACAGAUGUCAAAUCCAGAAAUUAAAUCCAAACUACCGCUUAAGUAUGUGUUAAAGCUCACUGCUCAAAUUACAACAUCAAGAGAAACACUUAGACUUACAGGACGAGGACAGUUGAUCUUGUCAACAACAAUUACCCACGCCCUUUUGAACGAGUUCCACCCUUUUUACUGUCUCUCUCUAAAGCAGUAGUUUGUGGUUACAUUCACAGUAGAAACUCACAGAUCAUCCAGAAAGUCAUGUUAACAUGCUCUGUAGUAACCUGGAAAAUUUUGGAAUCUGUGUUUACAUGAAGGUGGUCAGAAGAAAAGGAAAAACCAGGAGACAUUCAAAUUUUGACUUCAUUAUUUUCUAUCAUUUCUUUAAUUUAUUGACUAAGAUCGACAGUCAAAAUGAAUUUUGAGGUUUUUAUGUUUGGUUGUGCUCUCCAGUAGCCCAUUCUUUUAACAUUUAAACCCCUGCAGAGCAAGGUAACUAUGUUCUUCUGGCCCAGCUCAGCUUGAACUACCAUUCAUCUCAAUGUCAGAAAAUAAAGUGAAUAAGCACAAGUCAUGAAUUGUUGAAUUGUCCCUUAAAUAGCUGAAAACUCUACUUUUAAAAGAUUCUUUUCUUAACCAUGUGUUUUUCCCCUCUGUGUUAUCAUCAGGCGUGGAUUCAUUAUGGGAGUGUGGAACUCCCACACUUCAGUUGGAAACAUCUUGGGCUCCCUCAUCGCAGGAGCCUUUGUCUCCACAGCGUGGGGGAUGUCCUUCAUUGUCCCUGGACUUAUCAUCGCCUCCACCGGGAUCCUGUGCUUCUUUUUCCUGGUCGAGAGUGAGUUUCUGUCCAAAGAAACCCAGAAUUAAAUCCACAGCUCACAGGAAGUAACAGUUAAAGCUUGGAUCAUAUAGAAUUUGGAUGAUACUCUAAACAAAGAGUUGUGACCAUAGCUACAAGAUUUAAUAUCAAGCUACAAACAUGGGGCACUUUGCUUUAAAAGCAGUGUAUAAUAUGCGUAAAAACACAGCUGUGGGUUACCUAUGUUAUUUGCCUCAUUUAUCACAAACUCAUAUAUAAAGACCAAUGUUAGUAUGAAAAUUAAUCAUAUUUACAUGUCGUGACAUUUCUGGUCAAACCUGUGUACUACUUAAGUUCUCAGCUGGUGUAAAUCAUUAUUUUUGUUUACUUUAUUUUCCUCUCUCCUAUUUAGAACCUGAAGAUGUCAACUGCACGCCCCCUCAGCAUCAUGUGAGUUUAAAGCAGAACCAACCAGCACUCUUAUUCAUUUAGAAAAGAUACUUAAACUCACACGUCUGUGUUCAUAUCAGACUGAACAGGAGAGCGGUGAGACCGAGCCACUCUUGCACUCUGCGUCCCACACCGACAGAACCAGCAAUGGUAACGGUGCCAUCACCACAGAGCAUGUGGAGGUUGUGGAGGAGCCGACCGAGGCCAUCAGCUUCUGUGGAGCUCUGAGUAUACCUGUGAGUGAGUGCAUGGGAUUUCUGCGCAAUUUGAAUUCGAUGUUUUACAGUUGCUUUUGGUGACAUUUCCAUUAUUCCUUAUUUUCUAUUUAUUCAAUUUUAAGAUAUAAUUGAUCAAAGAAAUAAUGAUGAUGAUAAUUAUGACAAUUAUGAUGCACUGUAUAUAGAUGACUGAGUGACAGAUGUACUGUAAGCCCAAUAUGUUAGGGAUUGCUGACUUUUACGCCCUCUGGUGGUGGUAUCGAGAAUAAUGCAGGCAUUUGGUUGUAUGUUUUCAUACAUAAAAGCAAGGAAAAUCACAGAAAUGACUAAAAUUGAUUUUAAAAAAGUCUGUUUUUUUUAAUUAGUAGUGUUUUUCCAAAUUCAUUUUUCUGAUGACACCCUUCUUUCCUUUAAAUUAAGAUGCGGCUGUGACACUGUUCUUAGCAGAGAAGUGGCAAUGUCUUUUUUUUUUAUCUCUUGCUGUGACUCUCAAACCGUUCCCUGAUAAUUAUGCUAAUGAAACCCUUUGGCACAGAUGGGUUCUUCAUGAUUUUUCCCUGGUGGUUUUUGUCUUUCACAGGGUGUGGUGGAGUUCUCUCUCUGCCUGCUUUUUGCCAAACUCGUCAGCUACACCUUCCUGUACUGGCUUCCUCUGUACAUCUCAAAUGUUGGUGAGUAUUUAACCUCAGUCUUUAUGUGGAGAGAAUCUUUCACAUACUCUUAAGUAAUUCACUUCAUUCAAAAACCUUUUCAUUGGCGUUCUGUUUCAUUUUAGCACAUUUUGAUGCGAAGGAAGCAGGUGACAUGUCGACACUAUUUGACGCAGGAGGGAUUGUGGGUAAGCAUCUCUUUCUGAUGUGGUUAUGACAUGAAACUUAAGUAAAUCUGACACACUCUGAGUGCUGUUAAAUUGAAGCAUAAUAUUGAAGCUGGAAAUGCCUAAAUCACUCAGGUGUCAGAACACGACUGAAUCACUUUUCCAAAUAUAAAACUAAUGACAGAAAAGCUUCAAUAUUUGAGUAUAAACCAGCGAUCUACCUUUAUAUCUUUGAAAGUCUCUGGUCUGUAAUAUCAGGGUGGGCAAUUUCAGAUUGUGGAUUCAAUGUUCUGGAAGUAGAAAUAAUCCGGUCAGUUCUGUCCAAGCCCGAUUAAGAGUGUUACGUUUAAUCUGAAAUGCUGGUUUCUGAAUGUAAAAGAAUAUUAUCUCUUUCAUCUGCAGGAGGCAUCAUGGCCGGCCUUGUGUCUGACUACACUGGGGGGAGAGCGACAACUUGUGCUGUCAUGUUGCUCACUGCUGCCCCUAUGGUGAGUAUCUGACACACAGUGAGUUAGGGUUCAGUCUGGUUUGGCUGAAGUCAUUGUUCCGAUAUUUUUAAGAAUAAGUAUACGAAGAACUUUAUUGAUCCCUGAAGGUAAAUUCAAUUGUCUGUUGUCUCAUGUAAUAUGUCUAUAAAAGUUAUCCAUUAUUUACAUAAGAGUUAUAAAGCCUGAUGGCUGUUGGUACAGAAGAUAAGAUAAGAUAAGAUAGAUGAAGUUUAAAGAAAUUCGCCUCCUGUAACAGUGUGCAGAGAAUGAAGAAAUGGGCUGAAGAAACCAAAGCGGUUUUUCUAUCAGUAAACAUGUAUCUGUCCUGUAAAAUGGGCAUUUUGAAUUUUCCUGCUUUUAACCAGUGGUAUCUUAAACGUCUCCUUUUCAGCUCUAUGAAUAUGACUUUCUAUUGACUGCUCUGUUUGUUUUACAGCUUUUUCUCUAUAAUCACAUUGGACAAAGAAGUCUUGGUACUACAGUAGGUAAGACUUAUUUACUGUACUUCAUGUUUGAGUAUUUUUGUGUUUUUAACAGUUAAUGGUUUUAAGCACUUACUCAGACUUUGGUCACCCUGGCAAUUUACUUCUAAGAGAUAGUAAAAACUAAAUUUUAUUCACUAAAAGGUUGGAUUAUGUCCCUUUAAUAUGGGAUAAUCUGUCAUAUUUCUUAUCUUGUUGUGUCCCUGAACAGCUCUUGACUCAUUCCAGUUGUGGUUGAACACAUGAGGCUGCAUCAAGCUUUAGAGAUAAAUGAGGAAGCUGCUUUAGUGAUAUUUUUUUAUGAAAAACAAAGAGACUCAGUUUUCAUCAACAGUCAAUUUUGCCAUUCACAGGUAUGCUGUUGCUGUGUGGAGGCCUGGUGAAUGGACCGUAUGCCCUCAUCACUACUGCUGUAUCUGCUGACCUGGUAAGACCCAAAACAUUGUGGAAAGCCCACCAUUUUAUGUCAGUGCCAGUGGACAUUGGUUUAUAAUGGGAAUUUCUGCUCCUAAAUUUCUUUUUGUAACAGGGAACACAUGAGAGCCUGAGAGGAAACUCCAGGGCUUUGUCAACAGUGACAGCAAUUAUUGACGGCACUGGAUCAGUCGGUAAGUUGGGGUGUGAAAACCUGAGACUCAGCACAGCUUUUUUCUGGGUCUUUUAUGAACGCCAAAUCCCCUGAAGCUCACCUGAUCACUCCUGCACCCACUCAGUGCCACAUAAAUCACAGUUUUUAGACCGUAGAGUUUUUGUAUGAAAGUGUGAAGUAGAUACGACAUAUAACCCCGAGGUUGUGAAGUAGAAAUGUCAAAUAUAAAUGUGCUUUUCAAAACACCUGUUGAUGAUGACGUGUUUUCUGUAGGAGCUGCUUUGGGUCCUCUGUUAGCUGGUGUGAUCUCUCCCACUGGCUGGAACAAUGUCUUCUACAUGCUCAUCUCUGCUGACGUCUUAGCCUGUGUGGUGAGAACCUCCUUGUUCUUACACUGAUCCCCCUCUUCAAUGUUUACAACCAGAGCAAUGCAAUGUGUCAUUACUGCAUACUGUGAUCACUUUUCACUCUAUUUGCAUGUCUUGACACACUUUUUUUUUGAUAGUGACACUCAGACUGACACUCUGUUUUUCUUUAGUUUUUGUCCAGGCUUGUUUACAAGGAAGCUCAGGGCUGGUGUGGACGUGCCCCCCGAGCCAGAGGGUGAGUCUCCCCAUUGGCUGUGGUGGGUUUAUGCCACAGUGUUGUCUGUAUACUUGUUAACAGUACUAGUUUAAUUUGUUCUUAUAUAUAAAUUGGUGUUUUACAUUUAUUUAUUAUAUGAAUUACCUCAUCAAAGUAUGCUGUUUCUUAAAGUCGAUUUACUUGACCUGAAAAACAGUUCAUGUUUGACACCAUCCGAAAAAAUAUGUUUGAUUGUGCAUAUCCAAUAGUCAUUUUCAAACCAGCUAACUUCUCAUUUUCCCUCUUUCUACUCCAGUUUCAAAGAAAUCUAA